UUUAAUAAAAUAAAAAAAUGAUACCGAUACCGAUAAUAAAAAAAACGAUAUCAAUAAUUUCCGAUAUUACAUUUUAACGCAUAUAUCGGCCUGCCGAUAUUAUCGGACAUCUCUACUCCCAAGUAUAAAACUACUUUUUUAAAUUAAUAAUUUCUUAUUUCAAGCAUGAACAAAAAAAAUCAUGACUUUGACACAAUUGUGUCUCAUAAUUAAAACGGAUGACAGCCAAAUGGACUUUGCUGUUUUAUUUUCAAUGAAACAAUAGAAAACACGUACUCAUAUAGUAGUACAGUUGACACAGUACAGUAAACUGACAGUUAAUAUUUAAACAUUUGACAUUUCAAACAAUUUUGAACAGAAAUAGUUCAUGCACAUUCAGGUAAAUUCCUCAAAAUUACAAUUAAAACAUUUUUGGCCGGGGGCCGGGCUGUAUAUAUGCGCACUAAUUGGCUGAAAGAGCACGCACUUGGCGCGAUGAUGUCAUGUUAUCCAUGGAAAAAUGCAUUUUUAGACCAUAUGGUUUGCCUGAGCGGCUAGGAGACCCCGAGAGUAACAAGAGGUUGCCUUGUUGCCUUUCCAUUAAGAACAAUAAGUUGUUGUUUAGUUUUAGUUUGCUGGUUUCAAGAAAUGUAAUGCCGAGCGCAUAUCAUUAUGUCAAGAUAAUGGCACUAGCAUUUACUUCAUUUAAGAAUAUUUUUCAACAUAUUGAGCAAAAAGUUCACUUGUUAUUAGUGAGAAUAUACUUGUUUUAAGAUAUUUUUGGGUUCAUUGAAGUUAGCUAAUUUAACUUGUUUUGGAAAGUCUUGACAAGCCAAAUUUGGUUGUUCCAUUGGCAUAUAAUUUUGCUUAGUUCAAAUAAAAUACCCCUCAUUUUUGUAUAUAUUUUUUUCUUGUUUUUGAACACUGACUUUUUGCAGUGUUGAAACUGUGUCAAAGCUGGUGCCCUAAUUAAUGGUCAUUCUAGCCCCAGCUUUGAGUUACACUGGCAGAAAACCCUGUGGGAGGAAUGCCUCCUGCCUCAGUGUCAGGCUCGCCUCACCGUUGGGGGAAUUCGCCGCACAAUGCUCAAGGACGAACUAAUACAGAGCCGAAAAUGACUUUGUGAGGUUGGGUUUGUUUCCGUGCUGUCAAUCGUAAUCGCUGGGAUGGCGUCUUCGAAUGGCAGAGGCGAUCGGACGUCUAAAUUUGAGACCUUAAAGCGGUUGGAGAAGUGCAGGAAGGAACGGGACGAUGCCUUGCACAGGGAAAGCGUCCUCAGGGAGAAGCUGAGGCAGUACGAGUCCAGGACGCGCUCCACCGAGGCCCUCAAGCAGAAACUGAAGACCUUGACCUUAGACCACAAGGAGCUGAGGAAGCAAGCGAAGGCUCUUCGCACGGAGAUCGGGCUGGAGUGCAGCCCCGGGUUCCACGGCAAGACUACCAAGGACAUCGUCGACGACCUGCGCGACAAGGAGCGAGAGUGCGGCUCCCUGGUGGAAAAGACCGCAAAGCUCAGCCUGACCGUCGACGACCUGACCUCCGAGUUGGCCAACGCGGUCACCUCCAAGACGCUUCUGGAGGAGCAGGUGCAGUCCCUGCAGCACAACCUCAAAGACAUGACCAACAACCAGCGGCGUCUGCUGAAACUGUGGGAGGACAAGAAGACCCAGCGGGAGCAGAAGGCCCUGCCCGCCAUCGCUCUCAAAACGGGACAGAAACCGACCGUCCAAAAAGCCGUUCAGACAGACAUGUCCAUCAGCUCAACACAAAAGCUUCUGGCCAAUGCGUUUGAGUCCAAGUCCGUUACCAAUGACCAAAGGACGGCUGUGGAUUUUUAUCAUUAUGACAAGAAGUCUUUCCUGCAUGAUACAAUUCAAGGGAUUCAGAACUGA